CACGGCCCAACGGAAACCCUGGCUCGGAGUUUGUGGCGAGUGCCCAGUCCUAUUCCGAGACGACGCGAAAAGACAUGACCAAGCGGCUCCGCUUCUCAACCGUGACGACGUACGAGUUCCCGCUCACGUACGGCGGCAGCGCCGUGCCCGAGGCGACGGGCCCACCGAUCGGGCUCGCGCCUGUCCACGUGCACGAGACCGUGGCGGCGCUCCUCGCCUCGCCCGCGCGCCGCGGCCGCGUGGCCAAGUGGCCGCACGACGCCCGCAUGGAAGUGCUGAAACGAGCGGCGUUUUCGCCGCAAGAGAUCGCCUCGAUUUGCUUUGAAGCGAUCGACAUUCGCCGCUCGCGCCUCGAGACGCUCGACGAGAUCCAAGCGCUGCGAGCGACGGAGCUCAAGCAGAAGCGGCGCGAGCUGCGCCAGGCCCGACGCGACGCCCGACAGCGUGCAGCGAUCGAAAAGCUGCGGGGCGUCGACGAGAAGGACGUUGCCAAGGAACGAAACAACGACGACGGCGAGGCGCCACUCGCAAAGCGACCGCGCGUCGACGAUGGCAACAACUAGCGCACCGCCCCUGCAACGCAGCCAUUAUCUGUGUGACGAAAAAUAUUUAAGGAUCAAUAUGCGUUGCCACCAUGU